GCCACCGCCACCGCCACCGCCAAUGUCACUGCCACCACAAAAGCCUUCUAUUCCACUAGCAGCUGUGAACAAAACGAGAACAAAUGACGAGGAGCACUGCAAUGUCAAGUCAGGAAACGGAGUUAAUGGCCAUGGUGCUCACAAUGGCAACGGUCAUUCGACUAUGCUAAGCGGUAAUGGUCAUUCAACCAUGGCAAAUGGCAAUGGUCACUCAAGCAUCGGAAACGGGAAAAACCAUGCUAUCACGGAUGGACCAGUUGUACCAGUUGAGGACGUGUUGCUAGCAAUGCCAGAAGCGCUGCCAAGUACGAGAAAUAUUAUGAUCACGUCGGAAGAAGGAAGGCUGGUGUCCCUUGACGAAGGUCUUGAGCUGGUGCUUGAAGGCGCCGAAAUCAGCAAGGAAAACAGGCGGGUGGCCAAGACAAAUUUUCUUGAUGCGUUCGAAGACGAUAUGGAGGAGCUUGGAAAAAUUCUUGAGAAAUAUUCUAAGCUUGUACAAAAGUUCCCAUUACAGCCACAGGUUUGCUAUGAUCUAGUGGCUGCUUGGGAGGAGCAUUGCCUUGAUCUUAUGACCACGGACGAGCUGGCUAGAUAUGGCCGUUCCAUCGCUUCAUAUGACAUCUGCCGCACCGAUAAUCCUGAGGUCGCAAUACAAGAAGCAAAGCGAAAGUUCCAAGGCCUCCUGAAACUUCGAAGAGAGCAAGAAUGGAAGGAAAAAUCAAAGCAGUUGAAAGGAGACAUGUCGGCGGAGCUAGCGAGGGCUGUUGGCGAGCGCAAGGAGAGACUGAGCGCAGACGUUGCAAAAGAUGAACUCAAGGCAAUGUCGAAGGGCAAAAUCCAGAGGAAGAAGAAACAAAGUUGACAUCGGAACUAGAAUGAGGAACAUGGUAACAAGACAGGGUCCCAUUUUAAUGGAGGAAGGCGAUGUUUUACUCUUAUCACAGACACAGAGAAUUAUCACAUAAGCCAUCCUAUCAGAUGUGUAAGAUCGAUCACAUUUAACUGUACUAAAUGCUUAUGAAGUAAUUGGCACCUCAAACCACAACUUACAUUCAUUCA